AAAACACUGACUAAUCCAGCCAAACUGGAUAAUGGAGGAGAAAGUGUGUGAAGAUCUAAGGACAUUCAUAUGCAAUGAUGAAUUCUCCCAAGAACACCUCAGUAUCAGUGAGCCCCUCUGGUGAAAUAGUGGAGGGCAGUUCAGUGAUUCUGACCUGCAGCAGCGAUGCCAACCCACCAGUGCAGAACUACACCUGGUUUAAGAAGAAUGAAACUGGAGUCUGGCAGGCUGGAUCAGGACAGAGUCUGGACAUUUCUAACUUUAGAUCCUGGAACAGUGGACACUACUACUGUCUGUCAGAGAACAAACAUGGACCUCAGAACUCUACUGCUCUACUGGCCACAGUGCAAGGAGGUCAGACUGUGGCUGUGGCUGCAGCUGUGGGAGUCGGUGCCAUUGUGGCUCUCGUGUUUCUUGGUGUUGUCUGGGUGAGCAGGAGAAGAAAAUCAACAAAUGUGACAGUGCACACAGAAGGGGACAGGGAGGGGAAUAAAGGCCCCAUUUAUAGCAACGUCUCAGGGACGCCAAUGAGUCACACUGAAACCCUGUGUACAGACAGAGGAAACGGUGAAUUUCCCCUCUACUCCUCUGUACAACCUUCUAACACACACAACCAAGAAGAGCUUCUAUACUCCACUGUGUGCUGCCCUCAGAGUGAGGACGAGGUUCAGUACGCCAUCGUCCAGUUCCUCCCGUCUGGUGCUGGCCCCAGGCCACCAGCAUCGACAGUGACGGAAGACUGCGUUCUCUACAGCACAGUUUAAACAUGAAAAUAAAGCGUCCACAUCUCUCCUUUCACAAACCUUGGGCCGACGCUGGUUAUGCAGUGUGCAUAUGGAUACAGUAUCUCUUUUAAUGUGCGAGCAUUUCCUGUGUUUUAAUAAGCAAAUAUUCUGUCUGGAUAGCAAUCCUCAAGCAUCAACAUCCUUCGCUUGGAAUCAACCAAAUAUGUACCUGAUGACAUGAUGUACCUUAUGACUAAAAUAAUUGAUUAUAAUAUUGAAAAGUUGU